UCAGCAAACUCCUGACGUCCUGCUCGGGCUCCGUUCCCACUCUCCGAGUGACUUCAGGGACAGACGGGACGGACAUCCGACCGGCGGGGGACUGAAGCACACCGGACCGACGGAGGAGAGGGACCGCAGUGGAGCUGAGGCUUCCUUGCAGCUCUUCCAGCGAACCAGGGAGUGAGUGAGUGCUGGUUGCCAUCAUGCCAUCCUCCUCCCCUCAGGAAUCCUCCCUUGUUGUCGGUCCCAACGCCACAACUCCAGCCAAUAGCAGCCUGGAAGAGAGCCAGUUCUUCUACGCUUUCUCACUCCUGGACAAGGAGCUCCACGACAGCUUUCCCAGCCUGUGGGUGGCCCUGAUGGCCGUCAAUGGGACCAUCUUCCUCGUGGGCGUGGCCCUCAACAGCCUGGCCCUCUACGUCUUCUGCUUCCGUACAAAGACUAAGACCACCUCCAUCAUCUACACCAUCAACCUGGUGGUGACAGACCUGCUGGUGGGCCUGUCACUGCCCACGAGGUUCAUCAUCUACUAUGGGGCUCAGAACUGUCUCAACUGCUCUCUGGUGCACGUCUUCAGCUACUUCGUCAACAUGUACUGCUCCAUUCUCUUUCUCACCUGCAUCUGUGUGGACCGUUACCUGGCCAUCGUCCAGCUGGAGGCCUCGAGGAAAUGGAGGAACCCCAGCUGUACCAAAGGCAUCUGCGUCUUCAUCUGGGUCUUCGCCGUGGUGGUGACCUUCUCCGUCCUCACCGCGGCGGUGCAGGGAGGCUCCUGCUGCCGCCUCUUCGCCUUGACCGUCUUUGAGUACUUCCUGCCUCUGGUGGUCAUCACCUUUUUCACAGGGAGGAUCAUGUGCGCUCUGUCCAAGCCCAACCUCAUGCACCAGAGCCGCGAGCGGCGAAUGCGCGCCGUCCAGUUACUCCUUUCGGUGCUCAUCAUCUUUCUGGUGUGCUUCACGCCGUUCCACGCGCGCCAGCUGGCCGUCUCCCUCCGUCCUCAAGCCGUGUCCAAAGAAGCGGGGCUGGUGGCUUACCACGUCACCAUCACCCUCAGCAGCCUCAACAGCUGCAUGGACCCCAUCGUCUACUGCUUUGUGACCAACAGCUUCCAGGCCACCGUCCGGGGCCUCUUCCGCAGAAGCGAGCCGGAGCAGACCAGCGGGGAGGUCAUCAGCAUGCACAAGAGCUCCAAGGGCUCCCUCCACAACGCCAUCGUCCCCUGCCCCCGCGCUCCCACCGACGGGCCCCGAGUGUAGCCGGGUCGUGGGAGAGACCGGACAACGCGCAAGGUGUCGCGGAAAAAUCCUGGAAUUGGAGUCGUGGACUUUGCUCUGCUCCUGACUCUCCGUGUGAUCUUAGUCGAGUCUCCGCUCAGGUGGAGAUGAAAAGUUUCCUCAUCUAUAAAAUCAAGUCUUGACUCACGUGAGCUCUAAGCUCACAUAAGAGCUCAGAAAUAUUCUUUCCAACUCCACUGGGACUCUGAUGACAUUCUAAGGAUGGUUCCAGGUGGGCUUCCACCUCUAUUCCGCCUCUGCCUCCGUGUGUGAACUCACACAAGUCCCUUAACUGUGUGUGCCUUCAUUUUCUCGUCUACCAAAUGGGGAAGAUAAUGUCUGACCUUCCUACCUCAUGGGGGAGUAGAGAGGGUGAGAGCAGCCUGUGAUGUGUAUGUCAUCAGAUUUUUACAGACACAUCUGGGCAAACGGACAUCAGAUUUAGUUACCUGAUCCUCCCCUAAAUAGUGUUUUCUGGUGACUGAGUGGUUAGUUAGCAAUUAUUUCUUUAGUUCUAGGCAUUUCCCUAAUUUUGGCUAAUUUGGUAUGUGGGUACAGUCUGCCCCCAUAGGUCUUAGGCACAGGAAGGGGAGAUUUGGGAGGGAAAUGUGGGAGAAGAGGAGAGAAAGGAAAGGGGGAAGAAUCAAAGUAAGAAAGGAGCAAACAAAAGAUGCCUCAAAUGGAGAGGGAUAGAGGAGAUACCAUCCAUGAUCACCUCAGGAUGAAUAUAUACAGACGUCCCCUGAGCCUCACAUUGGUCUAGGAUCUGAAGCUUUUCAGAAACACUUUCCCAUCUAGUCCAUUGUCUGAGCUUUAAAACAGACUGGAAGGAUUGCAGGAAAAGGUCUCUAUCCUGAUCUUACCCUGGAGCUGGGAACAAAGUGAUUAAUAAAUGCACAAUGAUGUCAAUUGUCCCCAUUGUUUUUAGAGAAGGAAACUAACAUGCAGAGAAGUGAUUUGCUUAAGGAUGGAUUUGGCUCUCAAUCAAGGGAUCCUUUCACUAAACAUCAUCACCUCUCUUCAUCUUAAGCAUUAGCUUCCCACUGCUGAUGGUAGCCCCACACCAGAGUCUCCUAUGUGUGUCCCACCUGAAUAAAAGGAGAGUAGACUUCUGAGGGAGUUCCAAGUAGGGUGUCCAAUUAGAAUUUCUGACUUACAUGUUUGGUAUACAUAGAAACUUAGACUAAACAGGGACAUUUUCCUGAACCUGAGGACCUCCAGCUGUACUGAUGGAAAGCUCUUAGUCCAGAGAUUAAUCUAGAGCCUGCCCAAAGUGGAUCAGAGACAUCUCUUUGUGUUCAGGAUAGGUAGAGGGUACUUUGAAAGUACCCUGCCUCCUUCAAGCAGUAUUGCUUGAAUUUCCAUUCCCAGUCUGCCUCCGCAAAUAUAGCCUUUGAGUUGGAAUAUAGAUAGGUCAUGCCUUAGCUGCUAGCAUGGAGGCAGUAGAGUAGAUAGAAUUCUGGACCUGGAGUCAGGAAAACCUGAAUUCAAAUCCUGCUUCAGAUAUUAGCCAUGUGGCUCUUUGCAAGAGACAUAACCUCUGUCUGCCUCUGUUUCCUCAUCUGUAAAAUGAAAAUAAUAAUAGCACUGACCUCACAAAGUUGUAGUAAGGAAAAAUAUUAAAGCAUUUUGCAAACCUUAAAGUACUAUCUAAAUAUUAGUAAUUUUUAUUCUAUGAGCUCUGCCUCCCCACCACCACCACCAAAAAAAAAAAAAAAAAAAAAAAUCAUGCUUCAUUGAUGAAGGGAAGAAGUGCUGAAUCCCUCCCCUAAAUUUGUCACAGUCCCAUUGCUAAAAACCAAUGGUUCUGUUUAUUGAGAGCUAAUUUUUGAACGUCCUAAUAGCUCGUCCUUCUCUGAGGUCCUAAGAAAUCAUUCCAGAAAUCCUACUCAUUCAGUAACCUCUUUAGAAGUUCCUCCUAGGUCAGAAAGGAAUUACCUGGUGUGGCGCAUUGGAGAGAGCACCAGCUAUGAAGUAUAGAGGACCUGGAUUCAAAUCCAGGCUCUCCUAAUUACUCUCAGCAUAUCAUAAAUUAGGACCCCAGUUUCCUCAUGUGUAGAAUGAGGGCACUGGACUAAGUUUCUUAAACUGUGGGUUGCAAACCCAUAUGGGGUCAUGUAACUGAAUGUAAAAUUGUGACUUAUAAAUGUUUGAUUUGUAUACCUAUUUUAUAUAUCUGUAUACCCAAGGUCUCAAGUGAAAAGGGGUUGGAAGUGGAAAAAAUUGAAGAAGCCCUGGAUUGGACAAAGUCUAUGAGUCCUUGUUCUGAAGUCCUAUAGUUCUGAGUUCUAAGCUAGUUGGUCCUUGACAAAAUGGAGACACUGAAGAGUUCAUAUUUAGAAAUAUCCAUAUCCCCUCUUUAGUUCUUACUUCUCUAGUCUUGAUAUUUUCUUCCCACUCCCACUCCAGCAUCAACAUGCUCAGAUGUUUUGUUUUUCUUCAGAUGGGACAACCCACCUUCCAACUCAAUGCUUUCCCAAUGGCUGACCACCAUGUUUGAAUGCUCCUUCUCACCUUCAUGCCCGGGCUUCCUUUAAGAUUCCAUUCACAUCCCACCUUCUGCAAGAGGCCUUUCUCAGCUUUUGAUUGCUCCCUCUUCCCCCGGCAAUGCUUUCUCUCUGAGAUUACCUUCCAUUGCAUUAUAUCCAUCUUGUAAAUAUAAAUUAUAUGUUUCCUUCCAUUAGAAUGGAAGUUCCUUGAAGGAUUGGAAGGCUGCUUUGCCUUGAUUCGUACCCAUGGCCCUGAGCACAGUACCUGGUAUAUAGUAAAAACUUAACAAAUGCUUGUUGAUGGACUAUCUAAAGACUUCAAGGCUAGUCCAGGAACUUAAAUGUCUAAGAAUCCUUUUUGACUUGAGAUGCUCAGAUCAGAAUGUUCUCCCUGUAUUUAAGCAGGAAGUUUUCUCAAUAACAUCCAGUUCCCACCAGAAGGAUGACUACCUAUUCUUCCUAUGUGUAAAGCUGGUUCUACCUUUGAGCAUUUUCUCCCUGUGCCUUGAGCUGAUUCCUCCAACUCCAAUUUGUAGGAGAAAAAUGUUAAAGACGAUAGAGGAAGAAUUAGGGAAGUGACCCUGGCCAGCAGCUUAGUUCCCUGCCCUCUUAUUGAGGGAAGCAUUGCCCAAGCAGAGAAACUUCCUGGAUAUAUUUCUUUAGGAAGUUCUGGGAUAUUUUUAGGUCCACCCCUAAUCCUUAAAACGAGCUUCCAGGAGAAUCCAGAGUAAGAGGUGGGAGACCUCCUGAACUGGAAAGAUGCUACUAUUUAGCUGAAUGUUCCUGGCUCCCUGAAGCUCUAAGACCCAAAUCCAUAGGAAUAAGGAAUAAUUGGCGAUGUUGAUGAAGAUCUUCCAGGCUGUCCUGCUUCAGUAUCACCGGGAGCAUCCGCUUCUUGGUCUGUGACAUAAGCCUGGGUAAAGAUAGAGGUAUUAGGUAUGGGCUGGAAGAUACAGCUUUUCGCCUGUGAAGGCUUUCUCUAGGGUGAGAGGUCAGGGACGCAAGCUUGCUGGUGUUCCAAGUCCUGAGCAAGGUCUUUCCCAAUCUAGACCUAGUGUUCUCUCCUUACUGAAAAUGUCUUAGAUCUCUUGGUGUAUGUAUGUUGCAUUUACUUAUUUGUGUCCAGGUUGUACCCCUUGGGAGAACACGAUAUCCUCAGGCAGAGGUGAUUUUGUUCCUGUUUUUGUAUUCCCCAGUUCCCAGCACAGUCCCUCACCAUACUUAGCAUAGUAAGUCAUGUUUGUUGAGUUGAUUUGAACACUUAUUUUACCAAAGUGGAAAGAGACGCCUAGAGAGAGGAAAUGAUUUUUAGGGGGUAACCCAGCAAGGACAGAAUCGGAGUCUCCAGAGGCCCCGACUAGCCAGGGCUCUUUCCACUAGGCCAGAAGGUGACAAAUAUUUGCAAACCACCACCCUCCCCCCAAUCCCCAAACUAUUUUUUUUAGUAGAAGAAAAUGUCAUGUGUAUUUAUAUCAGAUGUAAACAAUUCCUGUAAUGAGACGUCCUGAAUUAAAGCUGUUUAUUCUGA